GCUUGGAUAUUUUUGCUAGACAUAUAUAAUUGGUUGUAAUGGGUGUGGAAGAUAGUUGGGAUACAGUAGUGUCACCACCAACAGCAACAUUGGUGCCUUUGAAUUUAGAAAGGGAUGAUCAUUGGAGACAUUUUGAUAAUUCAGUGAAUGCUGUGUCUUUUGGGUUUGUAGCUACUGCUAUAUUGAUAUCCAUGUUCCUUGUUAUGGCUAUCUUUGAAAGGUUUUUAAGGCCAAGAUCAUUGUCUUCCUCUGCUGGUGCUAAUGGCAGUUCUUCUUCUUCUUCUAAUGAUCUUGAAGCUCAAGUUGUUUUCCAUGGCAAGCUCGAUUUCCCUUCUCCAAAAAUGACAGUUUAUGCGGAAGGGGUAUCAGUCCUGAUGCCCGGUGAUGAUGUUCCUACCUUCCUUGCACACCCAGCUCCUGCUCCCUGCCGUCCGGAGCGCAUCAUACAACCACUCCAGCAACAUAGCCUAUGCCACAGCUACACCUCAACCUCCACUUCAAGCUAAAACCUAACAUGAAUUCAAAAUAACUAACUAGAGCAUGGGUUUUUUUUUCUUCCAGUCAUUGUCAUCAACCAAAUUUGAUUUCAGCUGUGAACAUUACUGAUCAUGAAUGUGUACAUUUGAAUU